GCAACACAACUUUCGCCUCAACAUCUUUUUUUUCUUCUUCCUUUUCCUUUUCUACUUUUUCGUUUCUAUCCAUUUAUCCACUCACAACCCUCGCCCUCCUCCUCUUCACCACGGCAAUCCUCCUGUCCCCUUCCACGGCGGCUGCUUGUCGCCUCGAUAACCUUCCUCUCUGGUCUACGCCUCCCCUUCAUCAACGAAAUUUUCGGGGUUAAAGAUAUAAUAUCUAAUUUCGCCAUCUUUCCAACGUUUAUAUUUCUUUCUUUAGUGUACGAAUUGAAUUGAAUCAAAUAACGUCUUCUCCUUCUUCUCUUUUUCUCGCGAGAUGGUGUACGGCCGGAGCUUACCUUGGAAGACGGCGCUGAGAAUCUCAGAAGGGAGAGCACGGGCACGCCCGAGUGGGCUACCGCCAUUACACCGCGCGAGAGGUUAUUUCUCUUUCCCUCCUGCGAAUCCAGCGCGGAUCAGCACCGGAUGGCCCUCUACUUCGUUGGCUUUGGGACGGAAUAGCUCUCUCCCUGCUAUUACUACUGCCGCCCCCACCACCACGGGCACGGCCCAGGUACUAAGGCUCGGGGAUCAUCGGAAAUUAUCUGCUUCCGCACCACAGCUGAAGGAGAAGCCGCCGCCGAAGGGUAACGGGAGUAAGGAGAUUGUCGAAGAGGUUGAUGAGGACGCCAAGAGGAAGGAAAAGAAGGAUGAGCGUGUCAAUGUCAAAGUAGAUACUGGCAGCGAGAGGUCCGGAAAUGGCGCCCCCUCACUGGGUGAGAUAUUGAAGGAUGGCUCUAGUGGUACCGGUGGGCGUGGAAAUGGAAGUAAUGAUGGUGCCUCUUCCGGUAGUAGCGGUGGACGGCGAAGAGGAGCCUCCGAUAGAGCCCUUUCGAAACCUACGGUCCCGGAUAUCUACCCCCAAGUCAUGGCUCUGCCCAUUGCAAAACGGCCUCUAUUUCCGGGAUUCUACAAGGCUGUCACCGUUAGAGAUCCGGAGGUCGCUGCAGCUAUUCAGGAAAUGAUGAAGAGGGGACAACCCUAUAUUGGGGCUUUCUUGUUCAAGGACGAGAAUGCGGAUCGGGACACGAUUGAGAGAACUGAUGAAGUCCACGAAGUUGGUGUUUUUGCUCAGAUCACUAGUGCAUUCCCAGUCCACGGCGAAGACAGCAGUUUAACAGCUGUCCUGUAUCCCCACCGACGAAUUAGGAUCUCCAACCUUUUACCACAGGAUAAAUCCGAACCCAAGAUCGAAGAGCCCGAGCCCAUUGAGGAGACCGAGGACGAGGGCAAGGUGCAGGAGGGCAGGGGAGAUGUAGUCGCAAGCUUUGAAGAGGAGGUUGAGAAGAAACAGCCAACAUCAAACCCAUACGCUACCUCAUUCCUAAAGAAGCACAAGGUCAGUAUUGCUGAUGUCGAAAACCUGGUUGAAGAGAGCUAUGACAAAAAGAGCCCGGUAAUCAGGGCUGUCACAUCCGAGAUUGUAAAUGUUUUCAAGGAAGUUGCGAACCUUAACCCCCUCUUCAGGGACCAGAUUUCCACCUUUUCAAUGUCCCAGUCGGCCGGUAACGUCAUUGACGAGCCUGCGAAACUAGCAGAUUUUGCCGCGGCAGUAUCCGCCGGCGAAGUUAAGGAAUUGCAAGAGGUUCUGGAAACCCUGGGCGUAGAGGAGAGGCUGCAGAAGGCACUUGUGGUUCUCAAGAAGGAGCUCAUGAACGCGCAGCUCCAGAGCAAGAUCUCCAAGGAUGUGGAGGCUAAAAUCCAGAAACGGCAGAGAGAAUACUGGCUCAUGGAGCAAAUGAAAGGUAUCCGGCGAGAACUUGGCAUUGAGAGUGAUGGGAAGGAUAAGCUUGUUGAGAAAUUCAAGGAAAAGGCGGAAAAGCUGGCGAUUCCUGAGGCUGUCAAGAAAGUGUUCGACGAGGUACCAACCACUUGUUUCACUUUAAUUUAUUUGAGCAAGGAUCCCUAACAUUUGCGCGUUUAGGAACUUAAUAAGUUGGCUCAUCUCGAGGCUGCAGCAUCUGAAUUCAAUGUUACUAGAAACUACUUGGAUUGGCUUACUCAGAUCCCUUGGGGCCAGAGAUCUAAUGAGAACUACGAUAUCAAGCAUGCGAUGACUGUACUAGAUGAAGACCAUCACGGGCUCAAAGACGUUAAAGACAGAAUCUUGGAGUUUAUUGCGGUUGGGAAACUAAGAGGCAGCGUUGAAGGGAAGAUUAUCUGCUUUGUUGGCCCCCCGGGUAUGUCUAUCUAUGGCAAUCGCAUAUCCACUUCCCCUGCCCCUUGCUAGAGUUAACAACGCGAGGAUAGGUGUUGGUAAAACAUCAAUUGGAAAAUCCAUCGCCAGAGCCUUGAAUCGACAAUUCUACCGAUUCAGUGUCGGUGGUCUCACUGAUGUCGCCGAGAUCAAAGGCCAUCGCCGAACAUAUGUCGGUGCCCUGCCGGGUCGCAUCAUUCAAGCCCUUAAGAAAUGCCAAACCGAGAACCCCCUAGUUCUUAUUGAUGAAGGUAGGCGAAACAUCCCAGGCGCAUUCAUGCAGAAUCAUCUAGGGCCUCCAUAUUAAUGCAUUCCAUGCGCAGUGGAUAAGAUUGGCCGAGGACAUCAAGGAGACCCAGCGUCCGCAUUAUUGGAGCUUCUGGACCCGGAGCAAAACUCCUCUUUCUUAGAUCAUUAUAUGGAUGUUCCGGUCGAUCUUUCAAAAGUGCUGUUCGUCUGCACGGCGAACAUGACAGAUACAAUUCCCAGACCGCUGUUAGACCGAAUGGAGAUGAUUGAGUUAUCGGGAUAUGUAGCCGAUGAGAAAAUGGCAAUCGCAGACAAGUAUCUAGCACCUCAAGCCAGGGAAAUGAGUGGGUUGAAGAAUGUCGACGUGGUGUUGCAGAAGGAUGCGCUUGAGGAGUUGAUAAAAUCGUACUGUCGAGAGAGUGGGGUGCGCAAUCUAAAAAAACAGGUAAGUAGGUGGUUCCGCUACAAAGCGCAGACCAUUUCCACGUGCAAUAUUCAGCGCUGGUUCUCGCCAAAGGAGAAGAAAAAAACUAACAAAUAAGAACAGAUUGAAAAAGUUUUCAGGAAAUCUGCCCUGAAGAUCGUGCGAGAUCUGGGAGAAGCGGGCCCCGAGGAAGAGAAAGCAAUGACGGAAGAGGGCAAAGCAGCUCUAGGGGAAAGUGAGAAGAGAGCAGAGCGAGUUAGCAAAGAGGAAGAGGGAGCCCCCAUGAACACGGAAAAGGAAACCUGCGAACCCCCAAGACCGCCAUUAGCGGUUCCAGAAUCGGUACACGUCACAAUUGAUAGAAAUAAUCUGAAGGAUUAUGUUGGACCCCCAAUCUUUACUUCUGACAGGCUGUACGACAUCACACCCCCAGGUGUUGUCAUGGGGCUUGCGUGGACGCAGAUGGGUGGUGCAGCCCUCUACGUCGAAUCCAUAUUGGAAACGGCCUUGACACCCUCUUCGCGCCCGGCCCUGGAGAGAACUGGUAACCUGAAGAGCGUGAUGAAGGAAUCAACAUUAGUGGCCUAUGCAUUUGCAAAGAGCAUGAUGGCCCAAAAAUUCCCACAGAAUCGCUUCUUUGACAAGGCCAAAGUACAUCUCCACUGCCCAGAGGGAGCCGUUCCGAAAGAUGGUAAGUUUCAAAAAAAAAAAAUCUAUGAAUUCAGCCUCUCCCUCUUUCUUUCACCCGGGGUAGAUCCACAAGUUCCCCAUUUUAACCGAAGCUGACAAUGACUUGUUGAUGCAGGACCCUCUGCUGGAAUAACAAUGGCCACAUCUUUGCUCUCUCUAGCCCUAGACCACAAGAUCGAUCCCACGAUUGCGAUGACCGGGGAACUUACCGUCACUGGUAAGGUAUUGCGAAUAGGUGGGCUUCGCGAGAAGGCUGUAGCAGCGCGCCGAUCCGGGGCGAAGACAAUUAUAUUUCCUGUGGAUAACAUGUCGGACUGGCUGGAACUUCCCGAGGUAAGAAUAACUUGGUACCCAGCCUCACUACUGGCCCUUGCGGCUGAGUGACUGAUGGAUGAGGGAAAGGCACCAUUUUAAGAGGAGCAAUUAUUUGCUAACAAAAGAAAAAAUGUGUAGAACAUCAAGGAAGGAUUAGAAGGUCAGUCGGCCAGUUGGUACGGCGAUGUGUUUGACCUCGUCUUCAAAGACCUUGACAAAGACAGAGCCCGGAAUCUAUGGCAAGAACAACUGAAGGAAGACCCGAAUAAGAAGGCCAGCGAUGAGCAUGACGAUGAUUAAAUCAGCACUACCCUACCAUACUCUGCUGUACGAUGAUGAAAGGAGGGCCCUUUAGUAUGCGCGUGUGCGGGAGUUUCACGGUUACGCUUUUAUUUUAUUUUUUUACUUUAGACCAUGUACACUCUUCCCAUUUCUCCUUUCCACCGUUACUGUUUCGGCGGGGGCAGAGGCUAAAAGCAAGUCACGGGACCGGGAAAGCGAAAAAUCAAAGCAUCAGGAAAGCUACAGUCAAUUACAAUGUCAUGAUAGAAGGGGAGUUCAUUUUCAGGAUACAGAGUGUGUUUGCGGAAGUCUCUGGAUUCAUAGUAUAUAGUGUUUAUGGCAUUUUUAUCUCCUCUCGUCUUGCUUCCC